UUAAACCCCACCGAAGAAGAAGGUGUAUCGUCAUACGGUCUAUGUAUGUUGUUGUACUUUGUUAAAAAUGUAACAAUCGCUGUUGAUAAUUAACUACCAAAUACAAGAUGUGGCAGCCAGAUCCUUUCCAUAAUGAGUUGGUAUCUAUUAUGGAUGAAUUAAUGAUGUCGUUUGAGGAUGAAAUUGACAAAUGUAUGGCGGUCUCAGUCUUUUCUACACAACACAGCACAGGCAUUGUCGAUGCAGGAAAGACAGGGGAGUCCAAGUUGGAGGUAAAAGUCCAGUUGAAAUGUGUGAUGAAACAGUUCGUGACAAAGACUAUUAUCAAAAUCAACCACUUGAUUUCCAAAGGUACUGCAGCUCUGUGUUCAAAGAUAUGCCAGAGUCAAAGUGAGGUUAAAUCUCUGAAAGUUAAGCUAUUGGAGAUGACUGAUGGUAAGGAGAUACCUGAAAAGACAUUGGGAAGAACCCCACAGACAUUGGAAGAGCAGGAAUGGACGGGAUUAUCAUAUUCAUCGGAAUUUGCAGAGGAUUUGGAGGUUGAAGUGCCAACUCCCAUUGAUGAGGCUGACAAGACUACAAAUUGCAAGGAGACCACGAUCAGAGUUAAAACCAUACAGAUGAAACAAUGCUUUAUAUCUCUGGCAAAAUUACCUUCCUCACUCACUAAGUCUAACAAACAGGGGCCAAAUAAGGCCAAACAAGAAGCAAGUAGACCAACAGACAGAGAGGCAGAAAGCAGGCCUACAGACAUUCAGGCCCUAAGUACAGAUGCACAAAGUCUCAGUGCGGAUUCUGUGCUAUCCACUAUACCCAGGAGGGAAAAGAAGAGAACAGAAGCACCCAUGGUGGCACAAUCAGACGGAAGUAAGGAGAACGCAGAUGAUGACCAAUGGGAGGAGGAGAAUGCUAAUGCCGGACAAACCUCGAGUGAUGAAUCUCUUCACAACAGAAAGCCAAGGCCAAACAGGAAACAAAAUAAGACUACCAACACCAGGAAAGAGUACCUCUGUCCGGACUGCGGUAAGGUUUUUAAGAAAUUAUGUAAUUUUAAACAGCAUCAAUGGACUCACACAGGAGAGAGACCUUAUUGUUGUGAAUUAUGUGGGAAAUGUUUCCCGACUGCUUGGAAGCUCAGAAAUCACCAAUUGGUGGUCCACAGGAGAGAGAAGCCGCUUGAGUGUCCAACAUGUGGGAAGUGCUUUGCAACAAAGAGUUAUUUGGACAAACAUGCAAGCGUCCAUUCAACAGAGAAACCGUUCCGAUGCCUCGUGUGUCAGAAGUGUUUUAAAAGUAAAAAUGGCCUCAAGGAACAUACAAUAUUGCACAAUUCAAAUUCAAACUCAUAUGCUUGUGACAAAUGUCCAAAAACCUUUGUAAAGCUGAAAUACCUCAAGAAUCACCAGCAAACCCACAGCGGAGGAGGAGCUCACCGUUGCGAAUUGUGUGGAAAGGGUUUCAAGUCUCCUUCCGAACUCAAACAGCACCAAGCAUCAGUCCAUAGGGGAGAGAAGCCGUUCCAAUGUCCAACAUGUGGGAAGUGCUUCGGAAAAAAAGAAAAUUUGAAAAUUCACGCAAGUGUUCAUUCAGAAGAGAGAGCAUUCCAGUGCCCUCAGUGUCGGAUGUGUUUCAAAACCAAGUAUACGCUUAGCGACCAUAAGAAGACUCACACGGACUCCAAGCCGUAUGCUUGCGGCAAAUGCCCAAUGACCUUCAUUCGGUCAAGGUACCUUAAGAUGCAUCAAGCCUCGCACCUGACCAGCAAGCCGUUAGCGUGCAGCUACUGUGGGAAAGGCUUCAAGGUGAACGUGAGCGCAAGAGACACGAACGCACACACACCGAAGAACCCCCUUAUACCUGUGACGAAUGUGGCAAGGGUUUCUAUAAACACGAAUCGUUAAAAGUCCAUGUGGCCUUGCACACCGGAGAGAAGCCGUUCGCCUGUGAUUACUGUGGUAAGACCUUUGCUCUUGCGUCCUACCUUAAAACCCAUGUAGCAAAAUUUCACUCUGUGACCGAACUCCACACCUGUGGGAAAUGUGGCAAAAAAUAUAAGGAUAUCAUACAUUUCAGAAGCCAUAUGGUUCAGGGUUGUUGAGAGGAGGCUGCGGAAUUAGUUUGUUUGACUUGAAACAAUUUAUCUCUUUCUAAUAUUGGAGGGAAUCUAAUAACCCUUCCGAAACGAAGCCCCUGGGAGGACGCAGGUUAAAGGCACAACUUGUAACUUUCGUUCUGACAAUGCUUUGACAUUCAUUGUUAUUUUUGAAUUGUGAUUAAAGUUGUAAUAUGUUCUUGUCAUAUUACAAUCAUGCAUGUUUACUUUUUAAAUCGGUAUACUACCAUUAACACUUUCUAUGUGAUAGAGAACAGAAGCAGAAAAAUGGCAGGAUACUUGUCCAUGUGAUUAAGCAUGUAUUUAAUGUAGCAAAAAUGACUAACUAAUUUUUGACCAAAAAUAAUAGGGUCUAUCACCCAGUCACUACUCAACCACGACUCAAACCCUCAAGAAGUUUAUUUCACAAUAAUACAUUGAGCAGACAUACACCCUCCCUGAAUGAACACAUCUCCAUCUUUAGAAGAUAUGCAGGGAUGGUUUUAGUGAUGUGAAACAGUUGUUGCAGAUAGAAAUAGAAUGAAUAGAGCUGACACGAUUCCUUAUUCUACCAAUCAUGUCUGUUCGACACGAUACAUUUCUGAAUCUGAACGUUCUAUAUCAACAUCCUUCUGAACAGGCCCCAGUUGUGGCUAAUGGAGCACGUGGUUGGGUCAGGGGUUUUCACAUGACCACGUGACCUCGCCAGGAAAAACUCAGUCUGCAGACCUUACAGCAAGAUCCCUGAACUUUCUUGCACUAUUCACUGGUGCACACCAGGGGGCGGUGUAUAUACUUCCAACCUCUUACAUUCUAUGUAGGUAUUACGUUCACUCAGAAAGAUCAGUGUUACAGUAUUAUACAACGGAACAAUUGAUAUAGAAAACAGAACGAUAUUGCUAAUCUCCUAAAGAAGUACAUGUGCAUUAAAACAACAAAGUUCCACACAUGAAUCCCAUACAUACAGUACAAACCAGGGAACUACAAUAAGCCAUUUACUGGAGUACGGCGUGAAAGAAACCCACUUAUAGAGAUGUCGGUCGAUAGCAUGUCUGCGGCUGAAAUGGCCUCCUAUGCCAAUAUGGUGCACUUAUUUUGACCAGGGGCUAUGUAGGGGAUAGGGUGCCAUUUCGGAUGCAGCCAAUGAAUUAUAAUACAGUAGAAUCAGACAUAAUAAUACUUCAUAUUGGCCUACAAAGCAAAGGCUCUUUUAACUGUAUGUAUACAAACAUAGGCAUAUAACAGUUUGAUUGUCUAAAUGUCUGGUGUAAGAAAAUAGAACAAUGCUUUUACAUCCUCAGUUUUAGUAGACUUUCACAUAGGAUCUCACUGUUGUGUAAAACAUUUCAUAUCAAAGCUGUUUUAACCUCUUGUCUAAAAUGCAGUGGUGUAAACUACUUAAGUAAAAAAUACUUUAAAGUACUACUUAAAGUCGUUUUUGGGGUAUCUGUAGUUUACUAUUUAUAUUUGACUACUUUUACUUCACUACAUUCAGUAAGAAAAUAAUGUACUUUUUACUCCAUACAAUUUCCCUGACACCCAAAAGUACUCGUCACAUUUUGAACAUUUAGCCAGACAGGAAAAUGGUCCAAUUCACACACUUAUCAAGGGAACAUCCCUGGUUAUCGCUACUGCCUUUGAUCUGGAAAACUCACUCAAAAAUAUUUGUUUGUAAAUUAUGUCUGAGUGUUGGAGUAUGCUCCUGUCUAUCAGUACAUAACAAUUUUAAAAAGCA